AUGGGGGAACAUGAUCAAUACGCCAACCCCCUGCUUCUGGACUGGGUCAAGGAAUGGCUCGACACGGCCAGGGAGCGCAACUCAAAAGGCAUCACGACUUACAAACACGCCUACGAGUCCCUGAAAGCAUGUCCCCUGGCCUUCGAACACCCCCAGCAGCUGGUCCAGCUCAAGGGCUUCGGCGAGAAAAUGUCGUCGCGGCUGACAGACCGCAUGAAGAAGCACUGCGAGCAGAACGGCCUGCCGAUGCCCGAGCGUCCCCGGAAGAACAGGAACGCCAGGGAGACGCACGAUGGCGAUGGCGAGGGCGCGGGCGAGGGCUCGGCGGCGCCUAAGAAGACGAGAAAGCCGAAACCGUACGUUCCUGCCUAUCGAUCCGGCGCGUACGCUCUCGUUCUGGCCCUCGCUACUCUCGGUGAAGACGCCACGUCGGGCAUGACCAAGGCCGAUCUCAUCGACAAGGCGCAGGAGCACUGCGACUCGUCUUUCACGGCACCGAGCGAUCCCACCAAGUUCUACACGGCGUGGAACUCGAUGAAGACGCUGCUGGACAAGGAGUUUGUCUACGAGAGAGGCCGGCCGAUGCGGAGGUAUGCCUUGACGGAUGAAGGCUGGGAGGUUGCGCGGCGGAUCCAGCAGACCACAACGGGGCGGCGGGGGACCAUCUGGGGCCGCCAGCGCCGCCGACGCGCCACAGGCAGGUCCGCAGAGAUCGCCCCUCCAGCUUCUUACGAGGGCGUCGUGGGUAACGGGUCCGUCACCGCUGGUGAUAGCUUGCCCCAGUUUACCCCUAUCGAGCUCGCCCCCGGAUCCUUCACGGUUCACCUCCUCCUCGACGUCCGCGAAAUCCGCGCCACGAAAGACCGAGAUUAUCUGCAAGAGGAGCUCAUCAAGAAGGGCGUCAAGCCCAUCAUGCGUUCCCUCGACGUCGGCGACGCGCAGUGGAUCGCCAAAACCCACGACGCUACAGCCCUGACUGCCCACGGUGCCGAAGGCGACGAGGUUGUUCUCGACUGGAUCGUCGAGCGCAAACGUCUCGAUGACCUUGUCAGCAGCAUCAAAGAUGGUCGGUUCCAUGAGCAAAAGUUCCGCCUCCGCAAGUCUGGGGUUCAGAACGUCAUCUACAUUGUCGAGGAGAUCGCCAUGGACUCGAACCACUUCUCCAAGUACGAGGAGUCGGUGCAGUCCGCGGUGGCGUCGACGCAGGUGGUUAACGGCUACUUUCUUAAGAAGACGCAGAAGGUGGACGACACGAUCCGAUACCUUGCCAGGAUGACGGUGCUGCUGAAGAAGCUGUACGAGAGCAAGCCGCUGUUGGUGAUUCCGACCAAGGUGCUCACGGCGCAGAACUACCUUCCCCUGCUGGCGCACCUCCGAGAGAAGGAGCCGGGAAGGGGCUACUACAUCAGCUACCCCGCGUUUGCAUCUCUGGCCUCCAAGUCGGACAUGAUGACGCUGAGGGACGUCUUUCUGAAGAUGCUCAUGACGACGAGGGGGGUCACGGGCGAGAAGGCUCUCGAGAUACAGAAGCGGUGGAAAACACCGCACGAUUUUGUCAAGGCAUUUGCGGCGUGCGGGACCGGCGAACAGGGUCUCAAGAGGAAGCGCGAAAUGGUGUCCAACGGCUUGGCCCAUAUGGUGGGAAGGAAGAAGAUUGCCAAGGCCGUCAGCCAGCGGAUUGCCGAGGUCUGGGGGGACGCAUGA